AUGUCGGAUCACAAUAAUAUUGAUAAGAUUAAUCAACCAUCAACAAAAAAUACAAUAGCAGAAAAUAAAUAUAUUGCUCCAGAUACUAAUACCGUUAAAGAGGUCAAAAAAGAGACAGGAAAGGAAACUAAAAAUGAUGAUACGAAAAUAAAAAGAAAUCAAGAUAAAACAAAAAAGAAAAAGAGGAGAAGAAACUAUGAUGAAUUGGAUUCGGAAAUAGAAAAACAAAGCGCUAAUAAUAAAAAAAGCAAAAAAACAGGGGAUCAAGAACAGGCAGGUAUUGAUUCUAAUUCUAAUAAUCAUGAUGAUGAUGAGGAUGAAGAAAUAGAUGAUGAAAAAUUAGAUAUGCUGCCUACCAUGGAAGGCGAAGCAGAUGAUGAUUUAGAAGAAAUAGAUGUCAAUAAUAUUAUCGAUAUCGGUAGAUCUACAAGAGGAAGAAGAACUAGGGGUAAAAUCAUUGAUUAUGAAAAAACAGCCAGGUUAUUAGAAAAAGAAGAGAAUGGCAACAAAAGAGAAAAAGAAGAGGAUGAUGGAGAUGAAGAUGAAGAUGCAGAUUUUAAACCAGAAUGA